GAUCUACUCCAUCAACCCCUCAAACUCACAGAUCGGACCCCCCCAAGCUUCUUUGAGGUAUUCUCCCCCAUUCCCUCCAAUUUUUUUUUGUUUUCCCCUCUUUGGUUGGAUGCAUUAUUCAACACUAGGUGAUGUUAGAUGAGUAGAUGGUUUCUUAUUUUUAGAAAAUUUUGUGUAGUUGAUAGAUGAUUAGGUAUGCAGUAGAUGAUGUGUAGUUGAACAUGUAGGUAAAAUCAAUUCGGUUUUGUGUAUAUGUUGUCCAUAGGAUUUUUUUUUGAAUUAAGAGGGGUGAUGAAUAUAUGAUUUGUGUAUGUAAAAUAGACUUUGGCAUACUAUAUUUGGUUUGAUAGAUGAUGUGUGUAUGUGUAGAUAAUCCUAUUGUUGGCAUACUAUUGUUGGCAAAAAAAUUUAUGCAAAAGAGAUGAUGAAAUUUUCUUAUUGUGUGUGACAUGAUUUGUUCAAUAGAAUGGCGGAUGAUGAUAAUGAAAUAUAUUUGAUGGUGAAAUUUGGUACUCUAGAUGAUAUGUGUGCAUAUGUAGAAGAAAGAAAUGAUGUGGUUAUGUUUGAGAAGAAUGGUGUUUUCAUAUGGAAUAAACUUGGAGAAGGAAAUUGUUUGAUAUUGUUCAUGUAUUCAUAGAUGUUUGUGAAAUUUUUUUGUAGGAUGGCGGAUGGUGAUGGACCUUGGUAUGACGGAUUAAUCGAUGAGUGGGAUAAGGAGCAUCGUGCUCGUGCCAUUGAAAAUGGACAGGUUGUAGUUGCUAUGCGCAUGAGGGGUCAUUCCGCUGAUGACUUUGAUUACGACCCGCGGUAUGAGCCUUACAUUCGGAGAUUGGGUCUUCUCCCAUUCGUGUUGCAGUUUAAGCGACGCGCUCCGCCGGUGAACCACGCGGCGCUGACCGCACUUGUGGAUCGUUGGAGGCCGGAGACUCACUCCUUCCACCUUCCAUGUGGGGAGAUGACGAUGACCCUACAGGACAUGGCUAUGAUAAGCGGCCUUCCUAUCAAUGGACAAGCUGUUACCGGUCGUGUCAGCGUGGGUAAUUGGCGAGAACGGACUGCCGAUUUAAUUGGCGUUCAGCCCGAGGGCCCUCAGGAAGGCAAGGCCGAUACAGCGAAAGUGAGGCAUUCUUGGCUAAAACUGGUCAGAGGAAACACCAACCCGUGCCCUCAGGAUGCCAAUGACGUGGUUGUGCAGCAGUACGCGCGGGCCUAUCUUUGGUAUGUACUAACCAAGGUAGUCUUCUCAGAUGCAACCGGGAACUCAGCCCUCUGGAUGUUCUUGGAGCCACUUAAUAACUGGGAUACCCAGUAUAGCUGGGGUUCGGCCGCACUAGCAUACUUGUAUCGUCAGCUUGACUUGGCGUGUCGGAGGAAGGGAGGUACAUCCUCAUUGUCUGGGUUUGUUUGGAGCCUAUCCGUGUGGAUGUGGGAGCGGAUCCCGGUUGGACGGCCCGAUUUGAAGAACCCCCUCAUGGCAAACCCACGGGGUAAUCAUGACGGGUUGCAUGAUGAUGAUCCAUAUCGGCGCCCUACGCUUGCUUACUAUUGGGAACAAGUGACAGUGUACACAGGAAGCUCGCAUGUGCGAUACAAGUGCUAUAUGAACGAGCUGGACACCUUGACUGCUGAGCAGGUACAUUGGUUGCCUUAUGUGGAAGAUCGUGACUUUGAUCUUAAUGAGAUGUGCACGCGUGAUAGCCAUCUUUGGCGGGCGAGGUGCCCAAUGAUAUGCUUCUUCGCAGUCGAGUGGCACUUUGUAGACCGUGUGGCAAGACAAUUUGGAAAAAGACAAGGUAUUCCAAUUGAGGAGAGCAAGGAGGAAAUGCUAUCUCUGCAUCGGUUCGAUCGAAGGAACAAUCAGGAUAUAUCGGAUUGGGCAAACAAACACCGUGCGUGGAUAGAAAUUUGGAAUCAAAGAGACACGUUAGUGCAAUCAGAGAAUAGACCUCACAAUCAGUCAGCAUAUCAGAAGUAUCAAGUGUGGUAUGCGGAUCGUUACCGGUUAAAGCUGAAGCCAGGUUGGACUCACGAGGAGUGGUCGGAGUUGGUGUCUGAAGACCCGGAGACUGCAGAAGGUUAUCAUACCUUCAACACGGCUGUGAGAGACACCAGAGGGGCUCAUGUUGACUACGCACCGAUGCAUGACGAAAUGGGCAGAGAGUUGCUUCUGUGCGUCAACGAUGCCAAUGUUGCACUGAGUCAUCCACCUGGUGGUGCAUUAUCUGAGAGGACUCUUAGGAGCACGAUGGAGAAGUUCAAGAAGCGGUUCCAUAAGAUGGCAGCUAUGCUUUCUUGCCAUGGUGCUCAGUCCAGUGACGUGUAUGCACCAGGUAGCCGCGCCGCCAGAGCUAAUAAACGGCGUUAUGUCCAGAACGAAGAGGACAUAGAGGAGGAGGUCAAUGAAGAGGAGCCAGCACAUCAAGAGGAGCCAACACAUCAUGAUGAGCAUGAGUAUGAUGCAACACAUCAAGAGGAUCAUGAGUAUGAUGUUGAUGCUCCACAACCAUCACAGGUUACACAACCGACACAAGGCAAUGCCCGCUCUAGAAAAGGCAAAGCAAUAGCUAAGACACCGGGCCAGAAAGGUAGAAAGAAGAUAUGGAACACUCAAUUCCAUAGUCCGGAGUAUCCUCAUCAAUUUAUGCCUGCGGGAAUGCAAAGAUAUAAGUCCAACAUUGAUGCAGAGGCGGAGGAGGCUAGCGAAGAGGAGGAGCAUGAGGCUAGCGAAGAGGAGGAGCAUACACUUGCAGAUAUCGUGAAGAGAGGAAGGAAGAAGUGAGCUUGUUGUAGUUUGUUUCAAUGAGCUUGUUCUAGUUUGUUUCGACGAACCUGGUGUAGUCUCUUUCCAUGAACUUGUUGUCGUUUCUUUCCAUGAACUUGUUGCCGUUCGAAUUAAGUUGUACCGGAUUCGUGAAGUUGCU